AUGGCGAAUCUAGCCAUUGUGGUUCUGUCACGGAGCGUUCAUAUGUGCAGUGUGAUAAAGAAGAGUCAUGAUCGAAUGAUGAAAGAUUAUUUCAUCGAGCGUCUGAGAUUUCCUGCUCAUGAUUUUCGGAUGCGGUUUUGGAUGAGGAGAGAGCUUUUUGAAAGUAUCUUUAAUGCAGUUGUCAAUUAUGAUCACUACUUUGCAAGGAGGCUAGAUGUCGUAGGCCGACAAGAAAGUACUGCUAUUGAGAACCUGGAGCGUUUUUGUAAGGCAAUUGAAGGCAUAUAUGGAGCCACAUACCUCCGUAACCUAAAUCGUGAAAACUUGAAGAGGCUUCUACGCAAGCCAACCAUUGUGCUCAAGGCUGUGGCAUCUUACGACACAUGGAUUUGGCAUGCUUUCUUCGGCACUCCUGGAUUAAACAACGAUAUCAACGUUCUUUGGUUUUCUCCUUUGUUCGAUAAUGUUGUCAAUGGAUGGGCACCAGAAUUUCAGUUCAAGGUAAAUAGUAAUAGGUAUGAGCUAAGUUACUACCUAACUGAUGGUAUUUAUCCUAGUUGGUCUACCUUUAUCAAAAGUUUUUCUCAUCCCAAUAGUGCAAAGAAGAAAUUAUUUUCGCAGAGGCAAGAGUCUUACAGGAAAGAUGUGGAAAGAGCGUACGAGAUCCUACAAGCUUGA